UCUUCUGAAUUGGGAUUGGAUUGCUUUAUGUAAUGCUCGACAAGAUUGCAUAUAUUUAUAUAUUAAUACAUAUAUGUAUUGAGCUACGCACACGUGAAACCACCUACAUUCCAACUUUACGACACAUCCGGGUUUUUAUUAUUAUUGGGUUUUUAUUAGCCGAUAUUUAUGAAAUUUUUCGGCUAUAUAGAGACGUUCAGGUGCAUGUGGUUGCAUAUAUGUAUAUACAUAUGUAUAUUGAAUAUUGAACCUUUAAGUUUCUCGGCGUAAUGUAAUUCUGAACUAAGCAAUAUAUAAUAAUAUGUCUUUAGGACGCAUUCUUAAGUGGAGCCCUUAUAUCAAAUAUGGCAGCUGUAACUUUAGAAGCUCUGAUUUAUCUUCAGAAAACCUAGUGCACACAUGGCACACAAUUGCGUCAGUAGGAAACUUAAGAUUUUGCAAUACUUUACUCAAUCGAGUACUUAACAUCCUAACGCAAUUAGUUACCCCCAUAUAAUACGAUAAGAUAUAGGCGUUUCUUUCUUUCUCUAUUCUCGUGACAGCCUAAUUGGUAUUCCAAUAAUUUAUUGUGCGAAUUACAGUUAUUUCUAUUGCGUACUACGCUUGCCCAUUCAUGCACAAAAUGUACCAAUUGUUAUUAAAAAGAAAAUAAUUUGCAGUGAGAUAGCGAGGCAGUGCAGAGAUACCCUAUAAAACAGUUGUUUCAAAAAAUGUAUAUUACAUCUGAAGUAACAUAAUAAAUGAAUCAACUUUUAUUGAGUGAACGUAAUGUUCUAUUGAAUAUGUGCAAGAUCCCGAAAACGAAAGGGUCUUUCAAAUGUUCACUAUAUUCGCAGCUGAAUAUAAGAUUUCAGAGAUUGAAUCUAGUAUAAAAGUAGUUAAACGUAAAGUUUAGUAACUACAGCUCGAAGUACAGGCAAUAUAUUAUUUAAUAACUGAAGUGAAGUUAGUCGACUUCAUGGCAACUUGAGAUGUUUUCUGCUGUCGCUUCGACUGUUACAUACGUUUGGGCAAAAAUAUCAUACCUUGUGCAGCCAGGUAAAUCAUAGUAAACAGUUCGAGCGUUAUCUUUAAGGAUGGGUGGCAUAUGGGUGGUGUACAAAGGCAUGAAGCGAUACAAGUGUGGUACGAAAGUGAAAACAACUAACGAGCCAGCAGAAAUCAGAUUUGAUAUAUUAAUAACCAACAACAGCAACGACAGCUGGGAAGCUCCUGAUGGCAGUUGUCACACCUGCAAUCAAAUCAGAAAUGCAUAUAAUUCGUUUUGGUGGCGACCUCUCGCGUGCCGCAAUAAGCACGGGCUGCCGUAUAAAAGGGAGGCACCGCCUAGGGCAGCCCCAACAUUAGCAGCAUGUUGUUGUGGAGUACGUGUGUGCUGUGGCUGCUAGCUGUCAGCCCAGGAGUCGCGACUGAGGAGUCCCGCCGGCAGUGUGUCAGGUCCAGUCUGAUCGAGCGACAUCGUUUGAAUCCCCAGCUCUUUGCGAGCUGUGAUGGGGCGCGUUUCAGGCGUCGUGUGGAUGCGACAUUUCAUGGUAAGCCGAAGCCGCGCGCCGAGCUCUUGGCCAACAAAUUCCUACCAUCAUACAGCUUGGAGCAGACCAAUUCGCUGGUGGAGCUCGUCACCAAAAUAGCCAAAGAGUAUUUGGUUAAAUGCCCGCCGAUCAUCUACUACGACAGCACGGUGACCAGGACGAAUGGGCACCUCUUGGAUAAACUGUUCAAGACCAUGCCAGUGACGUUUUAUCAUGGAAGCAUCAAGGACAACUUCGAGCCGAGGAAUCCCAACUUCAUGAGUCACAUCGAUACCAACUGCAAGAGCUAUAUCCUGUUCCUAUCCGAGCCAGUGAUGGCGCGCAAGAUUUUAGGCCCCCAGACGGAGAGUCGAGUGGUCGUUGUUUCCAGCUCGUCGCAGUGGAAGUUGCGCGACUUCUUGAGCUCCGAAUCGUCAUCGAAUAUCGUCAAUCUGUUGGUCAUUGGUGAAUCCUUGAUGUCAAGUCAAGAGCGCGAGCGACCCUAUGUCCUAUAUACGCACAAGUUAUAUGCAGAUGGUCUAGGAUCCAAUUAUGGAAUAGUUCUGACCAGCUGGAUCCGGGGCGCAUUCUCGCGUCCCCACAUCAAUUUGUUUCCGAACAAGUUCGAGAAUGGCUUUGCCGGACAUCGUUUCCAGGUAUCGGCUGCCGAUCAGCCGCCAUUUAUCUUUCGCAUCCGGUCGCUGGACUCGUCGGGUAUGGGCCAGCUGCGCUGGGACGGCGUCGAGAUGCGCCUGAUGAACAUGAUUGCCCAGCGUCUGAACUUCAGCUUGGACAUAACUGAGACGCCCAAUGUUGCCAGCUCUCGCAGCGCCGUGGACAGCAUUCAGAUGCAGAUUUUGCAGGGCAGCGUUGACAUAGGCAUGUCCGGCAUUUACUUGACGGAGUCACGAAUGCUGGAGACGGACAUGUCUGUGGGUCACUCGCGUGACUGUGCGGCAUUCAUAACGCUAGCAUCGAAGGCCCUGCCCAAAUACCGGGCCAUAAUGGGGCCCUUUCAGUGGCCAGUCUGGGCGGCACUGGUCUCUGUGUAUCUGGGUGGCAUAUUCCCCAUUGUCUUCACAGAUCGACUGACUCUGAGCCAUCUAAUUGGCAAUUGGGGUGAAAUAGAGAACAUGUUCUGGUACGUCUUCGGUAUGUUCACCAACGCGUUCACAUUUACGGGCAAAUACGCCUGGGGCAAUACGGAGAAGACAUCCACUCGCCUUCUAAUCGGCUCUUACUGGCUGUUCACCAUUAUCAUAACAUCUUGCUACACAGGCUCUAUUAUUGCGUUCGUCACACUGCCCGCCUUUCCGGAUACCGUCGACUCUGUAACGGACCUGCUUGGUCUCUUCUUUCGCGUUUGCACGCUGGACAACGGUGGCUGGGAGACUUGGUUCCAGAACUCCACACAUGAAGCCACGUCCAAGCUGUACAAGAAAAUGGAGUUUGUUAGCACCCUGGAGGAGGGUAUUGGCAAUGUUACUCAGAGCUUCUUCUGGAAUUACGCGUUUCUCGGCUCAAAGGCGCGGCUUGAAUAUCUCGUUCAAUCUAACUAUUCUAAUGAUAACCUCUCGCGACGUUCGGCAUUACAUCUGAGUGAAGAAUGCUUUGCACUCUUUCAAAUUGGAUUCCUCUUUCCACGGAACUCGGUGUACAAGCAGAAGAUUGAUUCGAUGAUAAUGAUGGCACAGGAGAGUGGACUAAUGAUCAAGCUGGGUCAUGAGGUCAGCUGGGCCAUGCAGAGGUCUGCCACGGGGCGACUCUUGCAGGCGAGCACCACCUCAUCGCUGCGAGAAAUCAUACAGGAGGAGCGUCAGUUGACCACCGCUGACACGGAGGGCAUGUUUCUGCUGAUGGGCAUUGGCUACUUAAUGGGCGCGAUCGCAGUCGUCUCCGAGAUCGUUGGCGGCAUCACCAAUAAGUGUCGGCAAAUCAUAAAGCGCUCACGCAAAUCCGCCUCCAGCACUUGGUCAUCACAGCACAGCUCAGCCGUUGUACGCACCAUAGCCGAGCAGCAGGCACACGAUGUGCGUAAAGCGGCGCGUCGGCAUGCUGCCGAGGAUGCCAAUCAACGGAUGGGAUUCGGAAUGCGAGAGUUCAAUCUGACACGAACAACGCUACGCGAACUAUAUAAUGCCAACAGGUCGGAGACCCAGCCACUGCAGUUGUCCGAUUCACACCCAUUGGAUGCAGCUCCUCUUUCGUCGAUUACCAUCAAAGAGGUGCCCACUGAAGUCUAUGAGACCUUGGACGGUCUCGAUCAGUUCAUAGCCCGACUGGAGUUGGCCGAUGGGCAGGAAGACACCGAACUCAGCGAAAACGAUAUUUCCAAUGGAGGACUCGACAUCGAACAAGAUCAUCACAUCGAUUAGAGCUCGCAAACGUCCUAUGACUUCAUACAGAAAAAGCGCUAGAGUGUAUUAGAGCUCUAUCUAACUGCAGCCCCAGUCUCAUAUCACUCCGUGUUUUAAAGUAAAAGCUCAAAUAAAGAUGUGUUUAAACGACCUUUGCAUUUA